UUUUCAUUGCCUCGUCCCUUUUCUUUCUGCAAUUCACUCAUUAAGGAUCUCUUUCUCUCUCUUCUCACACUCUGUGUUGGCUACUUGGUUUCUUCUACACUACAUUUCUCUCUGUGCAGGAACAAUGUCUGAGAAAAUCACAGCGGAAAACCUUUUAAACACCCUUGUGGAAACAAUUGCCGAGAAGCAAAAAUCUGGAUCAUUUUUUGAAGAAGACAAGUCAAGCUCAGUGAGCUCCCAAUUCAAUAGACUCUUUGGACGCCAGAAACCUGUGCACCAUAUUUUAGGGGGUGGAAAAUCUGCUGAUGUGUUGUUAUGGAGGAACAAGAAGAUUUCUGCUAGCGUUUUAUCUGCAGCAACAGCUAUAUGGGUGCUAUUUGAAUGGCUUAAUUACAAUUUCCUAACUCUUCUAUUCUUUGUUCUGGCUCUCGGUAUGCUUGGACAGUUUCUUUGGACAAACGCUUCUGGCUUGUUUAGCAGGAAGCCGACUAAAGUUCCCCGUUUUGUUCUCCCAGAUGAUUUCUUCGUGAAUAUUGCAACUGCAAUUGGUGCGGAGGUUAACCGUGGAUUGAGGUUUCUCCAAGAUGUUUCAUGUGGAGGAAACCUAAAACAAUUUCUAAUUGCUGUAUUAAGCUUAUGGGCUGGUGCUGUGAUUGGGAGCUGGUGCAAUUUUUUGACUGUCAUGUAUAUUGGUUUUGUUGCUGCACAUACGCUCCCAGUUUUCUAUGAAAGAUAUGAGGAUCAAGUUGAUAACUUUGUGUACAAGGUCUUUGAUCAGAUGCAAAAUCACUAUCAGAAGCUGGAUUCUGGUUUGCUUAGCAAAAUCCCUAAGGGAAAGCUCAAAGGAAAGAAGUAUGAAUAGGUUUUUCCUUAUGUAAAUGGUUUGAUUUUGAAUAUCCUUUUCUCACUUAUGAGGAUCAACUAGGGAACAGUUCUAUGUGGAGGUCUUUAAAUUUGGUGUGCUUAAUAUUUGACCAGAGAUUAAGAUUUCAUUAAAGGUUAGGCCAUUUCUUCCCGCA